AUGGACCCCCUCUCGAUUGCUGCCUCGACGGUGCCCUUGCUGGAGGCUGCUGGCUUUAUCACCAAGUCCCUCUACAAGCUCGCCAAGUCCUACCGAACGGUGGAAGUCCGUAUCGUAGGACUCUGCGAGGAGCUCACCAAUCUAACAAACUUUCUGAAUACUGUGGACAAGACCUUGAGGAGAUAUGGUACCCUGGACUUUGCCCUCGUGGAGAAGGAGCUGUGGCGGGAGAUUGACCAGUCGUUGGUCAACUGCGAGCUGUCGCUGAACGACCUGAAGAAACUGGUCGAGAGGAUCAAGAGGCACGCUCACACGAAGGGCUUUGCCUGGAAGACUCGAACGGUAGCGGACCUGGCCGUCUACGACGGCGAGCUGGCUGCGUUCAGAGACAAGAUCCACAAGUCCAACUGGGCUCUGCAGACCAUCCUCAGCACAAUCAACGUGUCGCUGUCUCUGCGAAGCAACACGUCGCAAGCCAAGAUCCUGACCGAGCUGAGUACGCUCAAGCUGUCUAUUGAAGAAGCGCUCCGAGUGUCUCGUCUGCCGGUCGGCGGAUUCUCACCGCACUUUACCUCUCUACCUGAUGCCCGUCUGGCUGACAAUCUGUGGCACUUGGCCGAGGCGGCGAAGCAGUUUCACUCCGCCGCUUCUUCGACUGCUAGUACCGUCAGGGCAGAUGACAGCAAUGCUUCCGUCCGCCAGCUCUCCAGGACUGGUUCCAGCCUCGCCGGCGACUUCCCGUCCAUCAGACGCCAGUGGGUUGAGCAGUGCCUCUGGCAGAGACGUUGCCAGUCUCCUGAAUUCGCCACGCCUGUUCUAGCCAAAGCAAGGACGAACCCAGAAGAAAUAAGCGAUCAGAAGAAAUGGACCUCAGACUCGCCGACCCUGGCGUCAGACUCGGCGCCACAAGUCGUUGAGCAACGUCGCUCAGACAAAGAAACGGAAGACGAAGAGGAAGAGGGGGAGGAGGACGACGGCGAGGACUGUUCAGAUUUUGACCAGUACUACAUCUCUGGCCUCUACGAGCUCGCCAACGAAAGCAUCAAGGCUCUCGACUUUGCCAACGCAGCGCGCCUCCUGAGCCGCUUCCUCUCCAAGGCCACCGCCUCGACCGAGGCCGGCGUCGCGCACAAGCCCACCCGCACGACCAAGAUCCAGCUCGCCAUCUGCCACUUCCUCGAAGGGUCCUGGCAAAAGGCCGCGCCGCUGGUGACGGAGCUCGCCCGCUCCAAGGCCGGCCGGAACAUGGUCGUGUGCAACCUCCUGCACGCCCUGGCCAUCGCGCACCUCGCCCAGGGCGAGACGGACGAGGCGCUCGCCACCUGCCAGCAGGCCUUCCUCGGCAAGAAGCGGCUGCGGAAGAAGCAGGACAGCGGCGAGUACUCGGCCGAGUACUACGCCUCGCUCGGCCUCCUUCAUGUCGUCUUUGACGCCUCCGACGACCCGAUCCGAGCGGAGAUCUUCAAGCGCCAGCUCCCCGCCGACUUUGACUAUCACCAUUUCCCCGACCCGCGGCUCUUCAUCGCUCAGCACCAGACCCUCCUCAGGGCGCUGUUCCUGCUGCCACCGGGCGAGACCGCCACGCCGCUCGUCUUCGAGGGCAGCCCUGAGCCCGGCAAGCGCGUCAGGGGUUCGAGGCGGGACGGAAGCUCGCAGCAUGUCUCGACCAUCGAGACGGAAGCUACGACCCCCUUUCGCGGCGACGCGGACGACGAGCUGUCGCCGAUAUCACCCCAGGCCGUCAAGAGGGGCAUCAACCGCAUCUUCGGACGCAUGAUCCGGCGCACGUCGAGAGAGGCGCUCGACAGCCCCGGCAGUCCGAAGCCGGACUCGUUCCACUCAAACGGUCUCACACGCCACCGGGCCAAGCCAGCAAACACGUGGACCAACACCAAAAAGCUCCGGACGGUCCUCAAGAAGAGACAGGUCGUCAACCCGCCGCAGUGGCGCCGACAGGACAGCACGGAGGACGAGUCGAGCGGCGGCGAGUCCACACCGCUGCAGGACGACGGAGCAUUCACGACCACGGGGCGAUUCUUCUUCGCGGGAGACGAACAGCGCGGCACCCCUGUCUUCCCCGCCGAGCUCGCGGCUACGAGUGGACCGCCCGAACUGGAAGAUAUGGUCACCGCGGUUCAGCUUCAGCCUACCCCAACGUCGGGCUCGGCCCCCAUGCAACGCAGCCUGGAGCAGGUGGCAUCCGCCUUUGCGUCCAUCGCGGCAGCCAAGGACCCAGACCACCGACACGCCAUCCGGCUCGAGCUCGAGAUUCUCUCGCGCGACCUCGCAGCAACGAGCAACGACCUCCAGCUCCUGCGCGACAUUGACAAUGCCAUAAAGUCCAUCUCGAGCAAAGAAGCCACAAAGGACGCAGACAUCGAAGACUCGGGCUACGAAUCGGCAGUGAACUCCUACCCCGCGAGAACUAGCAGCGCCAGAGGACCAGAAAGAACGUUCAAGGGACCUAUGGAAGAAUAUGCAACCAAGAGCACCAUUACAAAUUUCAAGACACUCGAUGAACUUGCUAGAUCAUACGAGAAACCACGGAGGGCGCCAGAUAUCUAUAACCAGGGUGGAAACGGCGCGCAGCAAAGGUCGUGGAUGCAAUUUUCGGCGCGAUAUCUACCUGGAGCGAAUAGGGGAGGAUCGAGGACACCAAUAGGUGCCCUAUAUCCGAACCUCAGGAGGCCGUGGCCGUGA